UCUCUCACUCCCAAACCUCUCUCCCGCUCCCCCUCUGCGUCCCCUUUAUUCUCUCUUUCUCUCCCUUCACUCGCUCCCUCAUUUUCCCUCUCUCCCUCCCCUUCAUUAUAUCUCUCUCCCUUCUCUCCCUCUGCUUGUCCCCCUCACUCACUCCCUCAUUCCCUCCCUCCCUUUCCCCUCCCCCCUCACUUCAUUCUUCCUCCCUCUCCCUCAUCGCUUACUCAGCAUCCUCUCACUCCCUCACUCCACCACCUCCACCGUGUUCGCCAUCACCCGCCUGCACGAGGCCGGUUGUCAUGGCGAUGACGGAGUCAUCCCCGAGGCGUGUUGCCAUGGAGAUGCCGGUGCGGGCUCCUCUCCCGGCGGUGGAGGAGGACGAGGGGGGAUCGUGCGUGCGGCUGCCCGCCUUUGAGGAGCUCCUACGGUACCGCACUGGAGGAGGAGGAGGAGGUGGCGGGAGACGCCGACGCGGGCCACCCUUCAACCGGGCAGGCCACUACGUACUGGUCGUGAUCGGCGACAUUGGCACCGAGCAGCAGCUGGACGCCGCCCGAGCGCACAUCGAGGCCGGAAUCCGAUCUUGGGACGUGGACCUCAACCGCUGCGACCUCGAGCAGCAGCUGCAGCUGUUCAUAACGCGCCACUCCGCCCAUUUCUCCUUGGAUGUCAAAGGACAAAGGACUCUACACCACAGAAGUGAUGUCUUAGAGACGGUGGUGCUUGUCAACCCUUCAAAUGACACUGUCAUAGCAGAGAUCCAAGCUCUCAUCACAGACUCGGCGGGACACAAGCUUCUGGUCUUGAGUGGUCCCAGCUCUGAUCACGGUGGCCUCCUUCUUCAAACGGGGGUUUUCACCUACGAUACCUUUGCUAGUAUAUUUACUGAACCUGGGGUCAGAGAACUACUCGGCCCAUCCACCCCCAAGCAGCAGGCUACACUUACUGUGUCCUGCCGCGGGGAGGUGGGCUGGAACUCCCUGGGACAGCAGCAGACCCUGCGGGAGUUCCUGCACUACAAACUAAACCCAGACCCUUUAGUUCUCAAGAUGGAGGGGGUCACCGAGUUCACGGACUACAUCUGUGCGACAGUUGACGUCCCCUCACCCUUUGACCUCCUAGAACCGCCGACAUCCGGAGGUUUCCUGAAACUGUCCAAGCCGUGCUGCUACAUCUUUCCCGGUGGACGUGGAGACUCCGCUCUCUUCGCUGUGAACGGCUUCAACAUCUUAGUAGACGGCGGCUCGGAACGCAAAUCCUGCUUCUGGAAACUGGUCCGCCACCUGGACCGUAUCGACUCCAUUCUGCUCACUCACAUUGGUGCCGACAACCUCCCAGGCAUCAAUGGAAUCCUACAGAGGAAGAUAGCAGAGCAAGAGGAAGAGGGAUCUCAAGGCUCCACCAACGGUAGCGAUUGGCUCAAGAACCUGAUCUCACCAGAACUUGGUGUGGUGUUUUUCAACGUACCAGAGAAGUUACGUAUGCCAGAAUCUAAUCUUAAAAUCAAACGCAGCAUCGAAGAAGCCUCACUGACUUUGCAGUACCUUAACAAACUGGGAAUUAAACCGGAGCCUCUCUAUCGAGUGGUCAGCAACACUAUUGAGCCUAUUACCCUGUUCCACAAGAUGGGAGUGGGCCGGUUGGAUAUGUACGUUCUCAACCCUGUCAAGGAAAGCAAAGAGAUGCAGUUCCUCAUGCAAAAGUGGUCUGGCAACAGCAAAGCCAAAACUGGUAUAGUUUUGCCAAAUGGGAAAGAAGGAGAAAUAUCAGUGCCCUACCUGACAUCAGUAACUGCCUUAGUCAUCUGGCUUCCUGCAAACCCGACAGAAAAGAUUGUCAGAGUUCUCUUCCCAGGAAAUGCACCUCAAAACAAGAUCCUGGAAGGCUUGGAAAAGUUAAAGCACCUCGACUACUUGCGUUAUCCCAUUGCGACACAAAAAGAUAUUGCUUCAGGAGCUUCUCCCUCUGUGGUAAAGCAGACAAAGUUAAAACAAAGGACAGAGAGCAAAGAGAGCCUCAAAUCUUCCCCGAAGACAACCGCAAAGGUCACCAAGGAAAAACAGGAAGGACAAGAUGAUGCAUUAACUGUCACAGAGACAAAAAGUGAGAAUGUUAAGGAAAACAUAUCUGUGAAAAAAGAACCGAAAAAGCCAACUAAAACCGUCAAAUCUAAAACAGAUGUGCCAGAAAAGAAGAAACUUCUGAAGGAAAAAUCCUUGAAAAAGCACUCCAAGGAAAGAGUGUCAAAGAUGGAUGAGAAAAAGGACAAGGAGAAGAAAGAGAUCAAGAAGGUCAAGAAAGAAGAGUCUGCCAAAAAAGAUGAGAAGAGAGAUGUGAAGUCCAAAGAGGACAGGAAAAAGGAGACAUUCAAACCAGAGCUGAGAAAAAUAGCAAAGCCUGACCUCAAACCUCUCACGCCAGAAGUUCGAAAGACGUUACACAAAGCUAAAGUGUCGAGUAAAACAAAGACUGGAAAAACAAAACCGACAAAGGCUGAAUCGAAGCCAGAUGAACUAAGGACUCGGGAAGUAAAAGACAUAAGUAAAGAAAGCAUUCAAGCUGAGCCAAUACUUAAUGAAGGUCCCUCUGAGGACCUCGCCAAGGGCAUUGUAGUGACCAAAGCUGUAGAUGUCGAUGAUCUAGCAGCACCAGCAUGCCGUGAUGAUGUUGCGUUGCGGACUACAGCUCACAGCUUUACCCAAGAGAAGCCAGAAGCACCAGAAAGUGUACUCGUACCUCCUGCAGAGUCUCCUGGAAAGGAGGAAACACUGGCAGUAAAACCUGUUGUUGACGCAAAAUAUGACAACCAGAAAGAAGUGGAAGAGACCCAGAUGUAUGAGGAUGAGGGAGCUGCAUCUCAGGAUGAGGAGGAGGAGGAAGAAGAAGCUCCAACUGCUGAGGCAAGGACAGAAGACGAGGAGGAUGAGGAAGAGGAUAUGGGCAUUGGAGAAGAGGAAGAUGAAUUCCAGUUGAAAGAGCAUGAUGAGAUGGAGAGAAAACACGAAACUAAAGAAAUGGAGAAAGCAGAAACUCUCACUUCAGCAAAGGUUGACACAAAAGAUGAGGAAGAGGAUGAAGACGAGCCAGUGGACAAGGCUGAACUGGAGGAGGUGGAAGAUUUAGAUGUGAUAGCAGAUGAAGAGAUCACCGGUGAAGGUGUGGCUGAAGAGCCGGUAGUCAGCAAGAGCAAAACCGACACCUUGACCCAAGCCGAAUUUGAGGAGGAAGAUGAGGAAGAUGAGGAAGAGGGCUACCUUUCACACGUGGGAGGGACCACUGCGCCCAUAAGUGCAGUAGCUCCUGGAACUGCAGCAGUAGAAUCCAUCUCCUACAUCCAAGACGAGACCAUUCCAGGCUACUCUGAGACAGAACAAACCAUCUCCGAUGAGGAGAUCCACGAAGAGGCCGAGGAGAGGAUACCACAUAUUCAAUAUGACGUUGGCGCACACGAUGUCUCGGUUCCAGAUCAAACUGGAUCAUUUGUAAACAUUCAUGGCAUGAGGGAGAUGCAGGCUUCAGCCAUCCCUGGGAAAGCUUUUAUGCCUGACGGGCAGGAGCAACUGUCAAUGUUUACCAACAUAUACACUGCUCCUCUGGCAGAGGAAGAGCAUGUGUCCUCUGCGACAUCCAUCACAGAAUAUGACAAGCUCUCCUCUCUCCCCACUUCUCUUGCUGAUGACCAGUCUGUUGCGUCCACCGUAGCUCUUGAAGAGCCAGCCAAAACCAAAGUGACCAACGAGCAACUUCUCUCAUCAGAAACACUUUCACCGUCGUCUCUUGAAGACAAGUCUCCUUCGGCUGACCUACAGCUUCCUCUUGAAGAUGCAAAGAUGGCCGCUAAGGAUCCUUAUUCCCAUGACGAUGAUGAUGAAGAAGAAGAGGAAGAUCAGACUCCCAAUGUUGAUAUCUCACUAGAAAAACUUCAAGAGUGCUAUGCCUCAUCCCAAAAACCAAAUGGCAAAGACAAGGAUGUUGAAAAGCCCUCUGGCUCGGCAUCUCCUGUUUCCAAGUUGAUAGAAGACGACCAACCAUUCCACUUUCCAGUUGAAGAGGAGAAUAUUUAUGCGAUGGCCUCCAAAGGUGUUUCGUCAGUUGUGCCUACCAGGCCUUUCGGCUCAGACUCUGUUACCUCGGAGAGCGAGGAGCGUUGUUUCAGUCCGGAUGACAUUACUGUAAAAAUGGCAUCCCCGACACAAUCAGGACCACCAAGUGCAACUCAUUCCCCCCUUCGACAUUCGCCAGUGGGAGCGUUCCCUGAUUUGGAGCUCCUCAAGCUUGCCACCUCUACUGAAGACAAAACGAGAAAGGAAAAAGAAGAGGAGCAAAAAAACAAAAAGACAGACGAAAAAAUAUUUGACAAGGACUUGAAGGAUGUUGUAUCUAUCAAGGAGCCAGAACAAGACACAGAAAAUCAGACCACUAUUAAAGACAUACCUUCAACUGAAGUUCAACCACCUGCUCUCCAGGAAGAUGUUUGUGCCAUUUUACCCAUCAAGGAUGAGAACGCAGUGAAAGAUGCCAAUAUUUUCAAUGUUAAAGCUGUGAAAAAAGAGUCACUUGAUACCGCCAUUAAAAAUGAUCUGAAAGAGUUAAAAAAUGAGAUCAGUCCUUUAGCUAAGUCCCCCAAAGAAGAUAUUGUUGCUUUUGGAGGGAAAGAUGAAGACUCUAAACUCAAAACAAUGGAAGAAGUCAAGAAGGCAGAUGCUGUUGUGACUGAGAAUAAAGUAAUGAAACGGGAGGAGAGAGAUGAGGAGAGAACGUCUGACGUUGCCACAAAAUCUGAAGAAAAGGAGAUUCAAAGUGUUCACACCACAGAGGCAAAGGUUGAGACUUUCAUUAAAACGUCUUGUGAAGAUGAGAAGCAGAAGAUUGGAAAGGACGAAACAGUGGAUAAGCUGAUCAAAGAUGAUAAAGUAGAAAUCAGACUUGUCACAGACGAGCAGACGGAAAAAGACAAGGCCAAUACUACAGCGAUUGAAAUCACCAAAGAAGACAUUGUUUGUGUGGCUGCUGCACACAUUCCUGCAGAAGAGGAUCAAGAAAUGAAAUCUACCCUACGAGCAAAUUCUGAACAACCACAUGCAGACAAAUCUGUCAAAGAAGUGGAAAAGACACUAGGUGCCUUUGCUGCUGGCAUACCCGCUGACGUGGAAAUGACGAGCAAGAAUAAGGAAGCUGAGCAUACCACUGUGCAAGAUAACAUUUUUGCUAGUAAAGUAGACGAAAAGGCUGAUCAUGAAGUGGACACCAUCACUAUCAAACCGUCCAAGGAGGAAGAAGUGAAAAUUGUGGAUCAAGGUGUUGGUAUCAAAUCUCUGGAAGAAGAAACAUACAGAGGAACAAGUAACGUGGAAGUGUCUGUCGAACCCACUAAAGAAGAAGACUGCAAAGAUUCCAUUGAAGUAAAACUAAUGGCAGAAGUCGAUAAGAAGGUUGAUUUAGAAGAAAAACUCAAAAAGGAGGACACUGAAGAGAGACAAAAGGAAGAAGCUUAUGAUAAGAAUGAGCGUUCUGAUGUGCUAAAGAAAGAGGAAAUGCAAAAAAAUGUUGAUGUUGCCUUAUCCCAAACUAUGAAAGAUGAAAAGAGUGAUGUUUGUGACAAAGAGGCUAAAGAGCUGAAACAAGUAGCAGUGUUAGAAGAUGCAAAAGAUGGCAAAGAUGCCCUGGUGGAGUGCGCAGAGGAUCAAAAACUGAAAGAAGUCAAAUCUGAGGAAUGUAUCAGUGAGACAACAAUGAAAGAUGAAGUUAAGCAGCUCAAUAAUGAAGAUGAAGCCAUUAAAGACAACAAGAGGGUGCCCACAGCAGGUUCAAGGGGAGACAAACAUGAGACAAAGACUGAAUCAUAUAACACAAAAGAGGUUCAAAAGACUGUUGAGGCUGAUGUUAAGACAGGUAAUGUAAAAGAGGUGGACCACUCCCUAGCCCAGGCCAUGGAAGAGAGGACUAGAGAAGAAAUCUUUGGAGCUCCAAAAGAGGAGGAGGUGACGGUGAAAAAGCUGUGGGCAUCCUUGGAGACUGAUUCAGCUGAAGACCAGCCAGCAAUGCAACCAGAACUAUACAGGCAGGAAAAAGAAAACAAUGACGCUGCAAUGGUCAUUAUUAGUUCCAAUCAGAAGAUGGAGAAAGAAAAGGAUGACGCUCAUGUUGCCGAGUUGAGCAAGGAACAGAAGAUGGAGAAGGAGCAGGAGAAAGAGGGAACCUGUGAUACGGAAGAUCUACGUGAGCAAAUGACCAAAUCUGAAGAGAUAAAAAUUGCGUCAGAUUUGAAGGAGGAAGACAUCAGCGAGAAAGAGAGAGCUGAUGCUGAACACGCAAAGGAGGAGAAAUGGGAGCGAGAGGAGUUACAAGAGAAGGACCUCGACAAAACCUUGAAACAAUCUGCACAGGCAACAUUCGGAGAUGCAGUGUUAGUUUCAAAAUUGGACUACAAGCCCACCCUCCUGUUUCGGUCCUCUGAUGAAGACCAGGAAGAUGAGGAGGAAGAGUAUAUAUGUAUGGGCUCCAGACCUUUGUCAGUUGAGCCGAGAAAAUCCGAACCUCAUACUAGCUCUGCAGGCCAAACAACUCCAUUAAGCAAUCAAACUAAAGAGGCAUCACCCAGACAGACCGUAAUAGUCAUACCAACACUUACAAUGCAGGAACCUUCACUUGAUGAAGACAUCAAAGACAUUUUGACAGAAGGAUGCAGUCUUUCUUCCGAUGCUGGAAAACCUGAAACCCCUCCUUCAUUGAUCUCCCACCCUGAGCAAUCUUCAACUACGGACACAUUAAAAGGGGAGAUAACUUCCAUUAAAAAACAAGAACCAUUUUCUGAUGUAUCAACAUCUAAGACAGAACCAGAGUCCAGCUCGAACACUAAGAGCCAAUCCGCAGUCCAAUCUCAAAUGAGUUCUGGAGCUGGGGCAAUAGUUAAGACGGAGCAACAGGAAAAGCCUGGCAAAGAGGCAGAGCGUGAGAUGGAAGGAGAACGGGAGGCUGCUUCCCCAGGAUUUUCACAGCCUUGUUCAUACUUCCUAUUGGACAAAGACUCUGAUAACAGCAGCCCAACUGAUGUUUUGAAAUCUGACGGUGCAAAGAAAGAGACCACUGAUAACGGACUACAAGAUGAAAGCAAAUCUGUUGCUACAUCCAAGUAUGAUCCAUAUGAGAAGCCUAUCCCAAAAGAUCCUACCAUUCGAGAGGAGACUGAUGUGUUUGGAGGUCAUACUUCUGACAUCAGCAUAGAUGAUAACAGGAGAGCGAGCCAAACAGGGGCAGCCAUGUUCCUACAAGAGGAUCUUGUCAAAGAAGAACCAAUGUUCUUAAGUGGAGUUGACUACAGCCCACAGAGUGAAAGCCACCGAAGUGCCUCACCUGAACAGGAAGACCGAGAGAAAGGGCAAGAAGAAGAGAGGGAACGAAAAGAAAGAACAGACAUGCCUCCUCCUGUCAAGAGCUUUUCACCCUUGAAUAUGCAAGACAAUAAAAUUUCUCAAGAGUCUUAUAGUCCCAAACAGGACAAACCAGAAAAAUCGGAGAAAGAGAAGGAGGAUAUGGAGGAAGGAACUUCAGGAGAAAGGAACCAGGUGUCUACUGGUGCUCCUCUUCAUUCUGCAGGGCAACAGUCAAGGCAAGAAACUUGGUACCAAUCAGAUCUCAGCACUCCAUUCACACAAAAGGGAACUGCAAAGGAGAUGGAAAAAUCACUGAAAGACACAAUGGAGUUCUCGGAUCAUGAAGGAUCUCCUUCUGGUCGGCGCUCCCCAGCAGAAAAAGACAUUUCACCCCAAGGUACUUCAUCUUCUGCAAGGGAAGAGCAAGUAAGUAAAACGGGAGCAGGCUCUGCCUCCUCCUGUUUAGAACAUAAAAUAGACGACAACAUUCUUGCCUCAGACAACAGUCAGUCCAUGUUGGACUUUCCCCAAGGCAAAGAACACUUGAUAGGUGUACGCUUACUUGUAGUGGGCGAAGAUUUCAAUGUUGAUGAUGACGAUGACGACGAGGAUGAUGAGGAAGAGGAGAACUCGAGUGAUGUUGAUAUGGAAAAAGGUGCCAGGGAGCAGUCUGAAAAAGAAAUGUGUGGGGCUAGUCCCGAUGAGAAUAAAACCCUCUCUGAGGACUCAAACAAAACCUCUCCUGAAUUGAGCUUUCAUAAAGAGGAGUUGGCCUCUAAAGUUACACCUGAUGAUGCCUUUCAGAUAUCCAAGCAGGACCCAGACAAAAUAUUACCUUCUGGUGACACAAACCUUCUUGAAAAGGAAGUCUUCUAUGGAGCAACAGCUGCUGGUAUGACCAAACCUCCUGAGACAAAGACUGAAGGCAAAACAACUACAUCACCAGGCACAAAUGCUGCCAAACUGGACAGCAUGUGCUUGGCUACUCCAUUUGACCCAAAACCUCUUGAAACAAAGGAAGACAAAACAUGUUUAUCCCAUGAGCCAGUAACACCAAGGAGGCUAUCGAUUGCUGAGGAUGUUGCUUCCUGUCAGGUCCAGCAGUCAAAGGAAAAGGAUGAAGACAAACGUUCUCUAUCAGCACGAUCAGAAGACUGUUGUCAGUCAUCACCACCCACAAGCAACCUCAGCUCAACCUCGGCAGCACAAUCUGACAAACCGACGUCCAUGUCCAUGCCUGCCUCUGGUCUCUUUGCACUGCACACAGGAAGUUAUGCUGCUAUCGGACUGAGUGGAUCUGGAGCAUUCUCUGAGGUCAGUCAAGUAGGUCCAAAAGAUCAGCAGCACGAAAUUCAGUCAGAUGAAUGUCGACGAGAAACUUUCAGCGAAUCUCAAUAUUACCAAGGAUACACACAAGAGGAAAGUGUGACUAAGAAGCAAAGCUCAGAUUUUGCUGCUAAAAAGGAAGACCAGCUUCCAUCGUCACCUUGCACCUUCACCACCUCUUCAGCCAGUUAUGCAUCACCCUUCUCAAGUUUUUCCCAACAAUUAGAAGACAGUGGUCAAAGGUUUGUGAGUGUAUCAAGCAGUUUAGCCCAGCAGGUGCCAUUUUUCAGUAGCGGGUCUGUAAGCUCAGUCUCAGAUGGCAUUCAGAGAAACGAGUAUAUGGAGGUGAUGACAAAACCUACAAAAGAGUAUUCCCAGGCUGAAGGGAGCAAAUCGUCAUCAUCUGUCAUACCAAGUACUGAGCCCUCAAAACUGGCAGACAUUUUCUCCACAUCAGAAGCUUGUUUUGAUAUCUCUCCACAAAGACCUGAACCCACUGACAGGAGCUCCCAAGGAGCAGUAGAAGACAUUGUAUGCGACUUUGAAUGGCAAAAAAUGUCUGAAGAGAAAGACACUUUUUCAAUAAAAACUGAGGCACAAUUGAUGGAAAGUACUUUUGAUGCCACAGACACAAAGACUAUCAUGACUGUUGAGUCUCUACCAGAAGCGCUGACGCAAACAGUUCAUCACACUGUCUCAGUCACUUCAGCAAGUGCAAGUGGUGCUACAAACACCUCAUGUGCCAUCGCUGACACCCCCAAAGCACAGGAGGGAAAGCAGCAAAGUGUGAAGACAACACAGGAUGAAAAGGAGGAGGUGAUGAUCCAAACUGAAGUGGAGCAGGAAACUGAAAGAGCAGACAUGGCAAAAGGGCAAGUGGAAGCAAAGUCUCUGGAAGACAAGUUGUGCAAAGAUAGCACUGAACAGAUGAAAGCUUCAGUUGAGCAGAGUAGUAGUAAAGUAGAAGGAGAAGCUGACAGCCCAGAGGCAAAGGACAUCUUUUUGGACAAGCCACCAGAGAGGUUAGAGGCAAGGCGAAGGAGUAGUAUAUCUGAUUGGGAGCUGCUGCAGAAGCCUGAUGAUUUCCCAAGUGCCCCUCCACCAGUUUAUGGUGACCAAGAGGAGGAAGCCUUCAAAUGGAUGACAAGCAUCCACAGUGCCUCCUCAAAAGCAACCUCACUCACAGGAGCAUCGAGUAAAACAAAAACUGAUCAUCCAUUGGACUUGAACACCGGAGCCGCCUCUGCCUCCUCUCUGGCGGACUCCUCCUAUGAAUACAAACAGCAUAAAGGAGAACUCUCUCCUUCAUUCAUCAAUCCUAGUCCACAUCAGUUCUCUGGUGACGAUGGAGAAGAGGACGACCAAAGUGACCGCUCUCAGGAGGGAGGCGAUGUGGCUCACGAACAAAGAUCUGUGAAAAGGAAGUCACAUAAGCCGAAGCGUCACCAUGGAGAUGUCGGUUAUCAGUCCAGCUCUGUCUCAUCUGGACUGAUUGCGACUUUAGCUGGAGAGGAAACACCUCCCACAUCGGUGAGUGAGUCAUUGCCUUCACAGUCUGAUUCUGACGUCCCACCAGGAACCGAGGAGUGUCCAUCUAUUACCGCUGAAGGUAACCUGGACUCAGAUGAAGACGCUGAACAUCUGCCUGCGGACAAAUUGUCUGCCUCGGGUGCUGCCGGUGGCCAGCGUCCCCCAUCACCGAGGGCAGCUCUGCAGACACACGAUCCCCUCCCCACCUCUGUGAAGGACCCUCCUCCACAACCUCCCCAUCCAGAUGUGUGCAUGGUGGAUCCAGAAGCUCUCCUUCAGGAUGUCAGCAGCACAGAAAAACGUCUCACAAAGGAACACAAGGCCACUAAGGGCCUCAGAAAAGCCAAACCCAAAUCAGCUUCUCCUGCUCGGAAGGGGGAAGUCAAGAAGAGGUCCAGCACACUGGUGAAGCAGGCCCACAACGACUCAGCCUCACCCCGAUCAGCCUCCCUCAGGAGGAAGGACCCAGAGAGGAGCUCUAGGCUGGUGAAAAUGUCUGAGAACCAAGGUUCACGGAGUGACAUCCUAAACCCCGUGAAGGGCCUGGUCAAUGGAGUGAAGAGUACUUCAGGAAACAGCUCUCAGAAAGCCCCCUCGGCUGUCCCGCCCGGACCGCCGGUCUACGUGGACCUGGCUUAUGUGCCCAACCACUGUAGUGCCAAGAACGUGGACCAGGAGUUCUUCAAGCGAGUGCGGGCGGCGUACUACGUGGUGAGCGGGAACGACCCGAGCGGCGGGGAGCCGAGCCGCGGGGUCCUGGACGCCCUGCUGGAGGGCAAAGCUCAGUGGGGCUCUAACCUACAGGUGACCCUGAUCCCGACCCACGACACGGAGGUGACCCGCGAGUGGUACCAGCGCACCCACGAGAGGCAGCAGGACCUCAACAUCAUGGUUCUGGCCUCCAGCAGCACCGUGGUCAUGCAGGACGAGUCUUUCCCCGCCUGCAAGAUCGAGUUCUGAGUCGCCCUUCGUACCCGUCCUCCUCCACUUCCAACUAUUUGCCUCCUAGCAAAACAUACUUAGUGACAAUAAUCAAGUUCAUGCACUGUGGCAAACAAAGUGGUGCCAAAUAGACAAAAAUUAAAUAAAAUACACGAUAAUCGGUAAACUACAGUAGAAUUAACCAAGAUAAUGACGAUUAUCUUGAUGAUGAUCUUUUUUCCAUCUGUUGCAAAAUGGAAUUAAAUUAAUUUACCGGUCACUUCUAGUCACAGAGGCACUAUCAAUCUUAAUGUCAUAACAAUGUUAAUCUUUUUGUUUUGUUUUGUUAAUUUUUAUUUAUUUGAAUUUUCUUCAUUUGUAACCUUGCUGGCGGCACGGUGACCGACUGGUUAGAGCGUCAGCCUCACAGUUCUGAGGACCCGGGUUCAAUCCCCGGUCCCGCCUGUGUGGAGUUUGCAUGUUCUCCCCGUGCCUGCGUGGGUUUUCUCCGGGCACUCCGGUUUCCUCCCACAUCCCCAAAAGAUGCAUUAAUUGGAGACUAUAAAUUGCCCGCAGGUGUAAAUGUGAGUGCGAAUGGCUGUUUGUUUGUAUGUGCCCUGCGAUUGGCUGGCAACCAGUUCAGGGUGUACCCCGCCUCCUGCCCGAUGACAGCUGGGAUAGGCUCCAGCACGCCCGCGACCCUAGUGAGGAGAAGCGGCUCAGAAAAUGGAUGGAUGGAUGUAACCUUGCUGUUACGGGUCAAAUUUAUAAAGAUAUAAUAGGGCCACACUGUAAUGAAAAGCAAAAAUUACUCUGAGGUGAACUGAGAGCUGUCCCUAAUAAUUUGACGCUUCUGAAAUUAUAAUUAGUUAUAAAUUCAGAAUCCUGAUCUAACUUUUCUUCCAUUGGUAAAAUGUAAUAAUUGUGCAGGUGUUCCUGAUGAAGUGUCUAAUGAGGAACGUUUUAGCCCUAAUUGUCUCAUUGCUGCUUUGUAAUUUUUUAUUUCAUUUCAUUUAGGAUUUUUUUCAGUACUUAUUUAUAACUAUGUUGCUUUGUAAUAAUUUUAGAUAAUAUAAUUUGAAUAAAUAUUUUUUUUAAAUAGUAUAAUAGUUUUUAAUGAUAAAAUGUUCAUUCUAGAUUUUGAGUUUUUUUCUUAAUCAUUUCAGCACAAAGUUUUUCUCUACGUUAUAAUAAUUUCCCAUUAUUUUGGGGGAUUUUAAUGUAAUUUUAUUUCACUUUUAAUCCUUAAUAAUUAUGCGGAUGUUUCCAUCAACGUAUGUGACGGUGUUUCAGCGUUACAACAUGGACAACAUUAACUGACUGUUUCUCAUUGCAACAGAAAUAUAAAGAUGAAAACACUAAUGUAGCAACGGAAGCUCGUUUCGAACACAGGAAAGGACGAGACCAAAUGUGAAAUAAAAAAACAACAAAAAAAAAAAACAGUCAGUCGGAUGGGGAACUGUGAUUGACUCGCGUUCCAUUCCUGUAUGCUAAAAAUAAUAAGAAUGUAUUUGCACCAAACCAGAAUGCACUUUUUUUCCCAGAAGGAAGUGGGAGGAGUUUAGUUGUUUGUACUGAAGCACAGUGAUGACCUCAACGACCAUAAACACACGUAAUAUGUAAAUAAUGAUAAUAAUAAUAAUAACUAUUUAUAAAUGAGCAUGAAUGAAUGUUCAGGACGACACUUGCAGGAAUGUGUUUUUUGUUUUGUUUUGUUUGUUUUUCAAAUAUUGCAUGCUUGAGGUGGGUAGUUAAGAAUGUCGUCCAGUUAAUGACUUUUCUUUUAAUUGCGCUAAAAUUGCAAAUAAUUUUGCUCGGGCCAAUAAUUCAGUUAAUAAUUUUGGGCUCGUUUACGCUAAACCGAUUCUGUUUUCCACCAAUCCGUACGAUGCAUUCCAGAAAAUUGGCAAGUAGUAAACCGUUAGCCUAAUAGUGUAGUUACCUAACUCAGAUGAGUAUGUUUUUGAAAAAUGAGAAAGAAUAAAUAAAAUUUGUAGUAAGCACAUUGGUGGGGUUUUUUUUUGGGUGAUAUUUUAACAGUAAGUUAAAAAUGAUUUAGUCAAUUAUGCUGUUAGGCUAAUGAAAUAUCUCCCCAGAAAUGUCUAUUGUAAACAAAAAACAUUAAGAACAAGCUUAAUCCAAAACGGAACGCAAGACAUGCAACACAAAUUCAGAUAAAUUGACAUUCUAUUGUCUUAGUUUUUUUGUUUGUUCCAAACACGACAUUAUUAUUCCCGUAACAAUGUGACUUUCUCGUCAUAUUAAACAUUAUACUCGUAAGAUUACGACUUUUUUGUCCCUUUGCCACUUUCUGUUUAUAGCAUUAUAUUGUAACAAUAUGGAUAUAUUUUUUUUUAUUAUAAAAAGGCUUUGAGUGAACGCAAAUCAUACAAAAGUUCUAUCAUAUUUGAGACUUUUCCUCAUCAUGGAUGAGAAAUUUCCAACUUCCCAGUUUUCUGGAAUCCAUCGUCAGCAACCUGCGCUCGUGGUGCAUUUGAGUGAGCUAGGGACAUUUUAAUUAAAUUGUUUUUUUUAAAUAGAUAAAUAUAUACUACAAAACAGAACAACGCCUCAAAGUUCUGAAUGAGAUGUUUCCGAACGCUCCUGGAUGUGAUUUUGUAGGCCUUCCGGUGUGACUUUUCAAGGCAUCGGUAGAACGCUGUAAAAAAGUAUUUUUGUGAAUGUAAAUGCAUAGACAAACAACUCAAAAGUGGAUUUCACGGGAACACAGGCAUACAAACUCUUCUAAUAACGCCAGAACGGAACCAGUGGCGGCCGGCCUCGGCUGCGACCUUCUCCUGAAUAUGACUUGAAACAAAGUCCAAAUGGUCAAACACAACACGAAUGUACCGCGCACAUACACACACACACACACACACAUACUCACAGCUUUGUACAUAUCUCUUAACGUAACGUUACGCUUCGACAGUGAUUCCGACCCGCCAAGAGAACAUCAUCUUAAUCCUCUUGCAUGUGACUUAUUUGGUUAUAAUCCUGAAUGUAAUUGUUUAACACGGGAUUAGCGCUAACGCUAAACCCGACCGACGGUUUCGGCCGUGCUUCUGUUUGUUUGUCGUUAUCGAGACGCUGUACAGCGCUAAUUUACGUUUGACGCUCUUUCUCUGAAAACGUAUAUCGACUUUCUUCUUCUUCUCUGGCGCAAAUAUGUCAACUGUUACAACUAUCGCUGUCUCUCUCUGGUCAAGUAGAAGUGCUGCACACGCAUUCAUUGUAAAAGGGAAACAGCCCGGUGAUCAUCAAAUAAAGUACGCUCAACUCAAA